UUUCACGGCCCCUUGGUUUAUUAGUUUCUCUGUCUACGCUUACUACAAAAUAAAAUACGUUUUUUAAUUGGAUACGUUUAUUAAAGAAACUAUGUAAUCGGUUUUAGAUUACCACGAGUAAAUAGCCACUACGUUUUGUAGGCCUGUUAAAACGAUAAUAUAGUGCCUCUUUGAGUAAAAGAGUUAUGUGGUGCUUAGUGGUUACUAAUCAUGUGGUAUGUUAUGUACUCUGUGCUGUCACCUACAAGUUAAUAUUAACUGACAAGUCUCAAAUUAAUUAAUCCAUUUAAUUGAUUUUUGAAUGUGUGUGUUUGUAUUAUAACAACAGAAUAAAAUACAAAUUAGAAUUUAUUGAUACGUUUUUCUAUAUAUAUAUAUGUAAUUUUUUUGACUCCUAUAAUGGCACUUCGAAUGCAAGUUGAGAAGAAGAAUGCUCAAGCGGAAAUGCGACGUUUGAUGGCAGAACGUAAAAAUAAAGACAAGAAACCAAUUCUAAUAAACAAUCCACUCGCGAAAUAUAAUAAUGCUGGUCAAUUGAUGUGUAUUUUAUGUUCGUCCAUCGUACGCUCAGAAAAUGUAUGGCAAAUACAUCUAAACAGUAAACAACACAAGGGAAAUGUAGAACAAGCAAAGAAACUAAAAGAAUUAACUAAUAACUUUACUGAUGAUAAAAUUAAAAAUAAAAGACCAGGUUGUCUUCAAACAGAUGUGCCACAAGAAAAAAGACCUAAGGGUAUUUUAAAAAAUAGUUAUGAAAAAUUGCCUAGGUUGGUACAAGCACCUGAACGUAAAUUACCCACAAUACUUAUUCAUCAUGAUGAAAAAAUAAUAAGAAAAAGUAAAAACCUGACAUUUCAGAAAGUUGAAACUUUAGAAGCAACAGUUGAGAAUAAGAUUGAUGACACUGAAACAAUAUUAUCAAAUCCUCAACCUAUUCCUGAAGGAUUUUUUGAUGAUCCAAUACUGGAUGCAAAGGCGCGAAAUAUUGAAUACAAAGAUCCAGUUGAAGAAGAAUGGGAAAAAUUUCAAAAAGAAAUAAAAGAAGAGACAUCAACUUCUGCAGAAAUAAUUGCUGGUGAACAAGAGGAAGCUACUGCAGAACGACAAAUUGAUGAAAUAGACGAACAAAUUCGUAACUGGUCAAGAGUCUUAGAUCUUGAAUUGAAAAAAGAAGAAACUAAAAAGAAGAUACCAGAUGCAGAUUUAUUAAAUGAAGGAGAUGAAAAUGAAUCUGACAACGAAGCGGAAAUUGAUGAAUUUUUAGAUUGGCGAGCCAAAAAAUCUUUUGUUUAAUCAUUGUAAAUAUAUUGUUAUUAUAUAA